UCAAAUUCUAAGUUUUCUUUACCACUUCAGACCAGUCAUACAAACUCACUAGAGAAAAAAGAAGUUCGCCAUGACCCUAGAAACGAGAAAAGAAAUGCUUGACUUGAAUACGUGCAUGCUGUGCAGGCACCAUCACAAUGGUAGAUGGGAAGCGCGAAUCGGGAGAGUUUUUGGGAACAAGUACCUCUACCUCGGCACCUACAGCACUCAGGAGGAAGCAGCUCGCGCCUACGACAUCGCAGCGAUCGAGUACAGAGGGAUCAAUGCCGUCACCAACUUCGACUUGAGCUCUUAUAUCAGAUGGCUAAAGCCAGGAACAAACACCCCUACCGCUGCACUUGAACAGCUUGGUCCACUGGAACCUCAGAUAGUUCCUUCGACCCCAAAUUUCGUUGUGCGAGAAGAGUCCGAUAAAUCUCUGUUGUUCAAUGCCAAUACUUUAGCGGCAGACUACCUCGACUCUCCUCAAAAGCCAGAUGUAUUCGAAGCUAAAGUCCCCCUUAGCUCGCGCAACAAGUCUUCUUCACCUACUGCACUCAGCCUCCUCCUUCGAUCAUCAGUGUUCCAAGAGUUGGUGCAGAAGAACACAGUGCUUUCCGAGGAGGACACCGAUGGGGAAGAAACAAAGAUUCAACCACAGUUGAGCAAUGAAGACGAAUUUGCAGGAAUUUUCUAUGCGGGAGAGGGCGAUUUCCCAUUCGAUUGUUAUACAGGCCAAGAUGAUAUUGGUUUGCAACAAAGAGAGCUGCAGUUCGUUUUGUGACCUGAUAAAGCCACGAAAACAUAUCCCUACAGAUUCGACCUAACAGCUACGGUUUUUUUUUGCCCUUACAGUAGUGGAACAUAGUGUAAAGAAUAAUGUAAAGGUUUUCUUCAAUGUCAAACAAUAA